UACACCAUCUGGGGCAUGAAAUGCUCAUUCUGCCUCUAUUGCACAGCUACAGCAGCAGUGGUGGAGCUCAUCCUCUCCAGCUGCAUUGUGGGUGUUGUGGUUCCCUGUGCAGCAUUCUAUUAUGGCGAGAACUACAUUUCCCAGAAUGCAGAGUUCCUUCCUGGUUCAUGGCUGCAAGGACACCAGGCUGAGGGUGCUGCUGUGCACAUUGCCAAACCCUUUUGUGUGCUGAUGCUGCCGGCACGUCUUCUCCAGGCUUUCAGACGUGUUCCCUCCGUUUUACUGACAUCGAGUUAUUCUUCCUCACCGCACAACAUGGAGAAGCCUGUGGAGACUUCUAUCAGGUCCAAGCUGGCUCAGAACUUGGAACCCUCCCACCUAGAGGUGCUUAACGAGAGUUACAUGCAUUCCGUACCCCCCGGAUCGGAAACUCACUUUAAAGUGGUAGUAGUGUCUGACAUGUUCAAUGGGAAGUCUCUGAUCCAGAGACACAGACUCGUCAAUGAUUUGCUGAAAGAGGAGCUAGCCGGGCCAGUACAUGCCUUAUCCAUUCAGGCCAAGACCCCGCAACAGUGGGAAGAUGACCCAACUGUCGGGAAAAGCCCUGGGUGCAUGGGGGGCUCGAAACAUGACCCGCAAAUGAGCAAGAAACUCAGCACUCAAGUGUAAUAGGGAAUAAUAGACGAUGAGAAUAGUACAGCCUUGUUUUGUGGACACAGCUGGUGUAAUAAUUCCAUCAUACGAUCUGUAAACCUUCUAUGUACAUUGAUGUUUAAAUUAUAUCCUUGUUUGAAAGUAGUAUGGAACCGUAUAUGAGAAUAUACAUUAUUUGUUGUAGAUGUGAAUUUGCUCAUAAUAAAAAAAAAAAGUAUUGUGAAAGCUUA